AUGAAUCGUUUAAAAAAAGUAUCGUUGAGGGUUAAAAUUAAGGUUGUUAAAAGAUUUCCUCAAACGUGGUCGUUAACAAUGAAUAAUCAACACGCGACAUUUAACUCGUCUGUGUGGCCUAUCAAUCGAAUAAAUCAACAUAAAACGGCGCGUCGAACAAAUCAAACAAAGCAUCAACAGGAAUUUAAUUUACGACCAGGACUUAUCAAUAAUUUAAUGUUAUUUCCGUCUACGAUAAACAGCUGCUUAGUGAAUCCAUUUUAUGUUGUGAAUUUAAAUUGUCCGAAUCUAAAUAGUGUACUUAUUGAACUAACGAAUUUGGUUAAAUUACCAAAUAAUCGCCAACGCAAUCAUCAUGCUAAAGUGAACGAACCGCUUUUGACGCUGACGCCUUUUCUGUGCUUUUUUCUCUCGCCUUUACAUGCGGGUUUGAAUCGCACGAAUGUGGAUUAUAGCAGGUAUUUACCAAAAGCUUUUUAUGUUGUUUGA